AUGCUCAAGGACUGCAUCAGCUUUGCACAUGGUUAUAUCGAAUGUCAAAUUCAUGGACCAGUCCAGCAUAUGCCAGACGUUCCUCUGCAACCAAUCAUUAAACCUUGGCCAGGUCGCGGCUGGGCUUUAGACUUCAUUGGAAAGAUUCAUCCAAAUUCUUCUUUACAACACAAGCACAUUCUACUUGCUAUAGAUUUCUUCACCAAGUGGGUAGAGGCUAUACCAGUCAAGACAACAUCUUCAGAGGUGAUCACUGACUUUAUCUUCAAAUAUAUUAUCGCCAGAUAUGGCAUCCCAAAGUGUUUGGUAGCAGACAGGGGGGUAGGUUUCAUGGCUGAAAAGACUCAGAAGUUCUUAGCUGAUUAUGGAAUCAAGUUUCUGCACUCUAGUCCUUAUUAUGCUCAGUCGAAUGGCCAAGCAGAAGUUAGCAACUGGGUCAUUAUGUUUAUACUCAAACGAAUGUUGGAUGCAAAUCCGCGAUCUUUGCACAAUGAGUUGGAUCACACGCUAUGGGCUUAUAGAACUUCAAAACGAACUCCAACCGGUACUACACCUUAUGCCUUGAUGUAUGGACAUGAUGCAGUGCUUCCUAAUGAGAUUAAUGUUGAGUCACUGAGGGUUUGCGAGCAACACCAGUUGAUUGGCGACGACUAUGUCCAGGCUAUGUAUCAAGAACAUGAAGACUUGGAUUCUCGACGGAUGGAAGCAAUAAACAGCCUUAUUGCAGAAAAGAAGAAGAUAGCACGACUAUAUGACAAACGAACGAGAGGACGCAGCUUUGGAGUUGGGGACUUAGUUUGGAAUGCUUGUUUGCCUUACGGUGAACGCGUUGAUGGUCUUGGUAAAUGGCUGCUAAAUGGGAAGGUCCUUUUGUGA